AUGGCCUGUGGUGUUGGAGCAAAUGGCCCAGUGAAGGCUUGUGCGUUCUCUAAUGACUCUAGUUUCUUCGCCACUGGAUCCUGUGAUUGUACCGUAAAAAUAUGGAAAACAAAAACAGGAAGAUGUCUGCACACUUUACAAGGACACAGUAAAAGUGUGGAGACUGUGUGCUUCAACCGUAAUUCGAGGCUGUUAGCAUCUGCUGGCUGGGACCACACAGCUAUUCUUUGGGAUACAAUGACAGGCUUUGCUUUGAAAGUUCUUUCUGGACACAAGAAUGUCAUCAAAACCUGUGACUUUUCAAACACUGGAGAAUAUUUGGCCACUGGAUCCUGGGAUUAUACAAUCAGAGUGUGGAAGGUACAAAAAACUACACGGAGAAUAAUUCUGCAUGGUCACACAGGCAACGUGAGCUGUGUAAAGUUUUCUACAUUUGGAAUGUUGGCUUCAGGGUCCUGGGACAAGACUGUAUGUGUAUGGAAUUCAAAAAAUGGACACCUGAUCUUUCUUCUGAAGGAGCACACUGGCCGGGUGAUGGCUCUUUCAUUCUCCAUGGAUUCAAUUCUACUGGUGACAGCAGCAGAAGAUGAAACGAUUCGUGUGUGGGAUUGUGAAGAUGGCAAGUGUAAGAAGAUCCUUAAGUGUGAGUUGGAAUCCAUCUUUUGUUGCCAAUUUUCUCGCACUGAAACUCUUCUGGUUGGAGGAGCUUCUGACCAUGCAUUGACAAUGACAAAGGCCCGUUGA